CCAGUUUCAUCAGAAGCAGCAAUCGUCAGAUGAUUAGAACCGGGCUGUCCCCUGGAUGCUUUUCACAUCAGCUAUGGUGGAAAUCGACGCUUCCAACUCCUUUCUGACUGUGGUGAGAGUGCUGCGUGUUUCCCUGGUGGAUGAGCUGGAAGGACACAUCGACUCCCUGGUGGAAGAGCUAGUGGAUCAGAAAGCGUUCACUCGGGACGACCGAGAGGAAGUGCUGUGUCAGCCGGGGCCCCGGGCCAGAGUGCGGAAGGUUUUGGAUAUCCUGGAAUGCAAAGGGGAGGAAGCGGCGAAAGUUUUCUUGUCUGUUAGAAGUCAUCAGCAGCUCUCCAAGAAUGCACCUCAAGUUCCAAGCUCAGAGUACAAGAAGAUACAACAAAAGCACAAAGAUGUCCUGAGGCGCCGGAGUGAGAGCAUGCUUUUCUACAACAGUAGGCAUGGAGACAAAAUCCUCUUUUCUGAACAUUACGUCAACCUCCUAUUAGUGGAUGGACACCAGGCCUUGGAGAUUAAGAGACACGAGGUUCUGGCUUUUGGACAAAAGAGAUUGUCUCUACAGCAUAAAUCAGGGCUGCAAAGGAAAAUUGCACCAGCUGAACUGUUUUUGAGAACAAACGAAAAACGUCCAAUAAAGAAAGUGCUGGUGACUGGGGUGGCGGGAAUUGGCAAAACGGUUCUGGUGCAGAAAAUUCUCUUUGAUUUCGGGCAGAACAAGGACCACCUGGGAUUUGACUUUGUUAUUCACAUGAGCUUUAGAGAUUUAAAUCUUAUUGACAAACCCACAAACUUCAGAGACUUGGUACUUCGUAAAAAUAGGCACCUUGCUAAAGAACUGGAUUACAUCUUAGCUAACGAUGACAAACUCCUAAUCAUCCUGGAUGGAUUUGACGAGUUCAGACACUACCGGAGCUGCGACGUUGACGUAUUUGUGUCUGAGCCACAGGAGGAUGCAGAGGUGAAUGAAAUUUUGGGGAGUUUGUUGCAGGGUGAGCUGCUACCCAAUGCCUCUGUCAUGCUCACAAGCCGGCCCACAGCUAUCAACCACAUCCCUAUUGGAUGCAUAGACCGCUAUGUGCUCAUUGCCGGAUUCUCCAUAAAUGAAGUUCAAGACUUCUUCCUGAGGUAUUUCCAGGAUGCUACUGUGGCUGGCAGAAUGUUUUCAACGGUUUCAGCAAAUGAACUAAUGCUGACACUAUGCUAUAUUCCUGCUUUCUGCUCCAUUGUGUGCUGCAUCCUCAAUGAGAGCAAAGAUCUUUGUGGGGAAAGCCUAAAGACCAUGACGGAUAUUUACGUGCAGUAUCUGGUGGCUUUGCUCCGUUCUCACACCCAGUCAAGAACUAAGACGUGUCCUGAAGACCAAGGAGCAAAAAUCAACCUGCAGCUGUCUGAUAUUGUGUUGAAGCUAGGUCGACUUGCCUUUACAAAGCUAAUGGAGCAUCAAACACUCUUUUACAGCAGCGACCAAGAUGUGGCUGGGCUGGAGGGAUGCAGCAUGGUUAGCACCUUCCUUGAUACGACAGUUGCACAAGAGCCCGGCUGCACUGAAGAAGUUUUCUCCUUUGCCCACCUCACUGUUCAGGAGUUCUUUGCUGCUCUUUACUGUGCUGUGACGGAUCAACCAUUGCCUGAUGCAAUGCAGAGCAGUGACAACCAAAACAAUGGACACUUGGACCUCUUCAGCCGCUUCCUGUCUGGAAUCCUCUCAGAUCGGAAUUCCAGUUUUCUGUCAAGACAAGUGGGACUUUGUUGCAAGGAGGAAAAAGUAGAGAUCUACCGUCAGAAGAUCACAACAGAUCUCGCAAUUCUUUGUGAGAAUGGAGCCCAUAUUCUGAACUGCUUACAUUGUUUGUUUGAGCAGCAGGACCAGUCAAUGACCCUAUCAGAGCUCCCAGAAUUACUUAGAGUAAAUGUCAGCGACGAAACUCUCGCUCAAAUGGACCGGAAUGCCAUAAAGUAUUUCCUAACCCUCACAGAAGGCAAAAUACUAUCAGAACUGGAUCUUACAGGGACUGGAGUGAACUGUGACUCUCUGAGAGAUAUUCAACCAUUUCUGCAUAGAUGUCAGAGACUGUGGCUUGGAGAAAAUAAUUUAGACAUGGAUGCAGUUCAGGUCAUUGCAGAUGUAGUGAAGAUCUCAGAAAACCUCACGCACCUGGGGCUUGGAUGGACAAACAUUGGUGACGAUGAACUACAAACUCUUUGCACUUCGAUCCGGGUGAAAAAGAAGGUUCAAGAAUUGUGGUUGGAGGGUAAUCGAGUUAGUCACAGAGGUCUGCUAUCACUCGCUGAUUUGACGCCUGAUCCACUGCAAAUAAUUGUGGUCAUAUGGAACAACUUGUAUGAGACCGAGUCGGAGAGUCUGUGCAGCCAGGACAGCAUCACAGUAAAUUUUACAGAUGAACAACUGUGGGAAGAGUGGGGGCAAUGGGUUUUUAAGCGCUGCCAGGUCAGCAGCAACGAGAAGCUAGUGACGGUACUCCACAAAGUUUGCAACAUGUCAAAUGACUGUCUGGAGCUCCGCUGGGCAAAGACCUUUUACAGUCAACUGUCGCAGCUCAUAAAGAGCCGGAUAGAGUGCUGCACGGAGGACGACAUGUGCAAGAAACUCCAAAAAUUUGACAGUCUUUUAAAUCCAUCACUUUGCUACCCCACAUUAAUCAUGAUGAAGACAGAGAAGGAAGCAGGGGAUGAUGGAGCAACAAAACCCAGUGACAGUAGCAAGGAGACAGAAAAAAAGAAGCGAUCCCGUGUCAAGCAGCUCCUCACCGACAUUAAGAGGCAGGUGGAGUUCUGGUUUGGAGAGGUCAACCUGCACAAGGACCGCUUUCUGAAAAAGCUCAUCGAUGAGUCAGACAGUGGAUAUGUUGACAUAUCUGUGCUGACGAGCUUCAGUCGCAUGAAGAAGCUGACGACUGACACUAAGCUGAUCUCUAGAGCCCUGAAGAAUUCAUCCGUAGUGCAGGUUAACCUUGAAGGAACUAAAGUAAGACGUAAACAUCCCCUUGGAAGCCCACCGAAUAAUGUUGACAGCCGGACGGUGUAUGUGGAACUUUUACCGAAGGAUGUGACUCACAGCUGGAUCGAAAGAGUUUUUACAAAGUGCGGGAAUGUGGUGUACGUCAGCAUACCCAGAUACAGGAGCACCGGUGACUCUAAAGGAUUUGCCUUUGUCGAGUUUGAGAAAGAGGAACAAGCUCAAAAAGCUAUUGAGAUGUUGAACAACCCUCCUGAAGACGCUCCAAGGAAGCCGGGGAUUUUCCCCAAAACAUUAAAUAGGAAGCCUAUUCCUUUUUCUGUGGACAAUCCACAGUCACGGGAGGAGGAGAAGAAAAAGCGCAAGAAGAAAAAAAAGAAGGAUGGAACAACAGCAGCAAAGGCAUCAGCAGAAAAAGUUCAAGAGGUUGCAAUGGAAGCAGAGCCAUCAGAGCACAAGAAGAAGCACCUGACAGCAUAUUGUGAUCCGGAGACCAGCAGCACACAGAAGACACCGGGAAAAUUAUCAGAGAAAAAACGGCGGCGGUCACAGACUGCAGAGGGAUCAGAGAGUGACGUUCCCUCUAAGAUUAGGAAAACCAGUGAAAGUGAAACUGGGCAUAAGGAGGAAGAUGAAGCCAGCAUGAAUCUGCCCAAUAAAAGCGACACAGAGGGAAACACGGAAAAGGGGAAGGAAAACAGAGAUGACAUGACUGUGAAGGCAAAGAGGAAGAGAAAAAAGAAACACAAAGAGAAGCUGAAAAUUGGAGAGGAAGUCAUCCCGUUGCGUGUUCUAGCAAAGAAGGAGUGGCUUCAGCUGAAAGAAGAGUAUUUGGUCCUACAGAAGCGCAGCAUGGCGUCCCUGAAGAAAUGCAUCAGCAAGAUUAAUCACAAGGACGAUGACGCUGCUCAGGAUGGAAACGUUGAUAUGAGCAACAAAGCGGAAAAAGAAACUAAACAAGGUCCACAGUUUGUCAGUGGCGUCAUUGUGAAGAUUACCGACAGCAAACCGUUACCAGCGAGGAAGAUCAUCAAAGAUGCUCUGUCCAAAGUGUCUCCAGUCGCUUAUGUUGACAUUUUGGAUGGAGAUGUUGAAUGUCACGUCCGUUUCCACACACCGGAGGACGCUACCGCCAUCAGCAACGCUAAAGAGCAGCUGCAGAAGGAACACAGCUGGAAGCUGGAGAUUCUUGAAGGUGGCCAUGAACAGCGGUACUGGCAGAAAAUUUUAGUGGACCGCCAAGUCAAACUGAAUCGUCCCAGGGAGAAGAAGCGAGGCACAGAAAAGCUCAUAUCCAAAGCUGAGAAAAUCAUCAUUGCUCGAGCCAAGGAGGCCAACAAGCACAUCCGCUUUGAAGAAGACUGAGAUCCCCCAGACUUACCACUCCAAGUUUCCACUGAUGAAUACUUGGCUCAAGUAGAAUUGCCCAAUCGUGUUCUAUGUGUCAUUUUGUGGUCACACUGGAGCCGCUGUCAUAAACCAGGAUGCUGCUAGGGUUAAAGAUGGUUAAAUUUUUUUUUUUUGUUACUAUAUCAGUGUUUUUUUCUAAAAGCAGCCCUGUAUACGUGUAAAUAUUCUUUUUCAGAAAUGUUCUCCAGUAAAGACGUGGUAGAGUCAACACCUGCUUUUUAAUAAAAUGAAAUAACAUGCUUUCAGUUUCUGGGUUUGUAAAUUUUCACUUCAAUUUCUUUUUAUUUUAAUUUAGUAAUUUAAAAAAAAAAAAAGUAGGUUUAAGAUCUGUAGACAAUGUUUAUCCAAUCUUGUAAUUGUUUUGUAACAGAAACCAAAACCUAUUAUAAGUUUCGUUAAUCUAACUAUGGUCAUAGUUUCUUGAUGAGUAU